UCAAACUCAAAGAGAUAGAAAGAGUGAGAGACGGAGAGAGAGAAUGGGGCAUCAUAUGGCGGUGGCGGUGGCGGUGUUGGUGUUUGCUGCUACGGUUCUACAUGCUGCGAUUCUGUGCAGUGCAGGGAUGACGAGCAGCUUCGUGAGGAGCCCUCAGAAAAGUGUGGAUAUGCCGCUUGAUAGUGACGUGUUCAAGGCGCCUCCCGGCUAUAAUGCGCCGCAACAGGUGCACAUAACGCAAGGGGAUCACGUGGGUGAAGCAGUGAUUGUAUCGUGGGUAACCGUAGAGGAGCCCGGUUCAAGCGUAGUUCAAUAUUGGGCGGAGAACACCAGUCACAAGCAUAAGGCAGAGGGAAAAUUUAACAAGUACAAAUUCUACAAUUACACAUCUGGCUACAUCCAUCAUUGCACAAUUAGGAAAUUGCAGCACGACACCAAGUACUACUACCAGGUUGGAGUCGGGUCGUCGGCGAGGACGUUCUGGUUCACCACGCCGCCGAAAGUGGGCCCUGACGUACCCUAUACAUUUGGCGUCAUAGGUGAUCUUGGACAGACAUACGAUUCCAACAUAACACUCGCACAUUAUGAAAAAAAUCCAAACAAGGGACAAACCGUGUUGUAUGUGGGCGAUCUAUCUUAUGCCGACAACUACCCGUUUCACGACAACGUGAGAUGGGACACGUGGGCGAGGUUUGUAGAAAGAAGCGUCGCGUAUCAGCCAUGGAUUUGGACUGCUGGAAAUCACGAAAUCGAUUUUGUUCCAGAAAUUGGUGAAACAAAGCCGUUUAAGCCUUACACCAACCGUUAUCGCGUCCCUUACAAAGCAUCGAACAGCACUGCUCCGUUUUGGUAUUCCGUCAAGAGGGCUUCUGCAUAUAUCAUUGUUUUGUCUUCAUACUCAGCCUACGGAAAAUACACUCCUCAGUACCAAUGGCUUGAGGAUGAGCUACCGAAAGUGAAUAGAUCCGAAACGCCGUGGCUGAUUGUUCUGAUGCAUUCUCCAUGGUACAAUAGCAAUACAUAUCACUACAUGGAAGGUGAAACCAUGAGAGUCAUGUACGAGCCGUGGUUCGUCAAAUACAAAGUCGAUGUCGUUUUUGCCGGCCAUGUCCACGCUUACGAGCGCUCGGAGCGUGUGUCUAACAUUGCUUACAAUAUUAUCAACGGCCUUUGCUCUCCGGUCAGUGACCAGUCUGCUCCGGUGUAUAUAACCAUCGGAGACGGUGGAAAUAUUGAGGGCCUCGCCAACAACUUGACGGAGCCACAGCCUAAGUACUCUGCUUAUCGAGAGGCGAGCUUCGGACACGCGACAUUCAGUAUAAAGAACAGGACACACUCUUACUACAGUUGGCAUAGGAAUCAAGAUGGAUAUGCUGUUGAAGCUGAUUCCCUGUGGUUUUUCAACAGAUUCUGGCAUCAGAUUGAUGAUUCUACUACUACUGCUGCUUAAUACUUUUGGAUUUGGGAUUCAACCCUCUCUCUCUAUCAUGACUAUGAGAAGUGGGAAUUCUCACAUCUCUUUGUAUUUUGCUAGGAAUUAUAAAUUGGGAAUGUGUAUUUCCACAAUAAUUUCAACAUUUAAAUGAGAGGAAAAAUGGCAGCUGUUGUAACA